UUUCCUCUGUUGAAAGAGUUUCAAUCGUCUUGUUCUGCAAAGCACUCCAACAGUGGCGUACGAGCAUGAAUUCAAAAAAUGGCUUCACGUGGUCAAGCAAGCAGUUGAGGUGAGCGAGCAGCAGCAAGAACAAAUCAUCAUUAUCGGCUUCCAUCGUCUGUCGAUUUUCCUUGGUAGUUGAUCUCCGCUGCCUAACUUUCCCCAUUUUUACUGCUUAAAUCCAUGGAUCCAUUCAGAGCAAGCACUAACAGCGAGCAACAAUGGCAAAAACCCUAAUAAUUUGGCGGCUGACGGUACUGUUCAUGGCGAUGAGCAGCUUCGGCAUGGCGGAAGAAAAAAAAAUGAUGUUUUACAUGCAUGAUGUGGUGGUGGGAAGCAACCGAACGGCAGUUCCAGUGAACAUAGGAAGCAUCACAAGGCUGGGGUUUGGAGCCAUAGUAGUUAUCGACGACAUCCUCACUGAAAGCUCAAACCCUAAUUCCACGCGCCUCGGCAGGGCCAAAGGAAUGUAUGUUUCCGACUCUCUGGACCUUACGCAGCCCGAUGUUUUGCUUCUCGUCACCGUCAUUUUCGAGGAGCCCCCUGAGUAUAGAGGGAGUACGCUCUGCAUCCAUGGCGCUGAUACGAUUCUCAAGGACCAGCGCGAGGUCGCCAUUGUUGGGGGCACCGGCAAAUUUAGGUAUGCAAGGGGCUCUGUAGUUAUCAGCACCAUUGAAACAUCUCUCGUUGCCAACGCCGUCCUGCAAUUCAAUAUAACAUUCCGGAUGGACUGAAUGCAGAAUUUUUUUAGAUUUUUCUAUGGUUUUUGAAUUCCUUAUCGUUCCUUGUUUUUGUUAUUUUGAUUUUAUUUUUACAAUAGAAGAAGAAACAUAUACCAUACUUGUGGUGGUUGUGGAAAUUUUUAGUUUUA